AUGGCCGAGGUGCACCGCACCAUGUUUGCGCGGGCUCGUCCGGCCGAGGCGCACUCGCUCGGCGUGGAUGACUGCGACGGCAGCUUCCUCGAGCUGCUCGAGCAGGCCCGCGUGGUGGCCAUGACGGACCCGCGCGACCGCAUCUACGCCUUCUUGUCGCUCGCGGCGGCGGCUGGAGGGGAGGAUGGCAGCGAUGUCGAUCUAAUCCGUGCUAUCCAGCCAAAUUACAAGGACUCCUUUCACCACGCUUACUUGGAGUUUGCUCGCAGUUACGUCCGCUCGUCCCGGGAUGGACGCCUUUUGCACCAUGUGGUCCAUGAUGACGAGACACUCGCCGAUGCGCAGCUCCCAUCUUGGGUCCCACGCUGGAAUAUCGGUUAUUACAACUCACGUAUCCCCAUCGGCCCUACGUGCAUGACCGUCAACUUUCUCGAUCUCAGCUCAGUGGCUAGCCAGCCGGAAAACUCGAACAGCAGUGACACCGACAGCUCAAGUCCCCGGGAAUGGUGCCUGAAGACGCACGGCGUGCUCAUGGACACCGUCACCUCGGUCCUCUCACUGCCAGCGCCCGAAUCCCUCGACAUCGGAGAACACAUCGUGCCCCUCCUCGCCAGCACCUGGUUCGACCUGGAGGAGGCCGUGGAGGGAGGCCCUCCCGUGGCCUACGCGCCUCAUAUGGUCACGACGGCCGUGCUGCGGUGCCUGACCAUGGGACGGCACGCGGGCGACCCCGAGACAUGGCCGGACCACAUGCUCGAGUACUGCCAGCAUGUCAAGGCCCUGACCUUCGACUGGCUUCGCCGUCGGGGCAAGCUUGAUGAGAGCGGAGACGAAGAAAAGGAGGACAAGCCAGUGGCCCCGGAAGAGGAGGACGACCAGCAGCAGGUCAGAGACUUCACACCGUCGCAGGGAGAGGAGCCAGAGAGCACUCCUCAGGACUUUCUAGAGUUAGUCAUAGCCGAGCUCACCCGCCACGGAAUAAGUUUACCCGUAGACAGCGCGGAAGAAGUAAAAGAGAACGAUCCUACCCCAACCACCACCCUCGAAGCUGAAGAUCGCCAGCGAGGGGACCUGUCCGAUUCAGGCCGUGGCGUGGAAAAGGUCCACGACAUCGUAAAGUCGUCCACCCGCAACAGAGUCUUCGUGAGAACAGCAAGGGGCUACUACGGGCUGGCGCCGGGCCCCACGACGGCUGGAGACGUCCUCGCCGUCUUGAGCGGAGGAUAUGUGCCCUUUGCGAUGCGUCCGGUGGGAGGGGAAAGACAAAAUGGCAACGCUGGCUGCUUCAAGGUUAUCGGGCAGACGUGGGUCGAGAGCGCGAUGCUUGGGCCGGUCUGCGAUGAAGGACCAGGAUGGCAAGAUUGGAGGGCAUGGGGCGCGGAGGAGGAGGAAAUCAUGCUCCUGUGA